CACUCCUCAUUGCCCCCUAAAUUACGAAGACAAAAACAAUGUAUGCUGUACCCAGAAGUUUUCCACUUGGAUUUGGCGUUGGCUUGGGAGGAAUGAAAUUGAACAGCAAAAUGCCAAAAACAAGACUCGCCUUCAAAACCCUUUCAUCAUCAUCAACAACUGAAGUUCCUUCUUCAGACCCAAACCCAGGUUCUGAAACAACGGACAACGUUUCUGUGCCAGCAGUUCGAGUUUUUACAAGGAAAAAGAGGGUUAAAAAGACAGUGGAUGUUGUACAAGAGAUUCCCAAAGCAGAAAAUAAGGGCCUUAAGCUGUGUGGCCUACCAGACAUAGAGGAAUUUGCAUACAAGAAGGUAGAUGGUCCUUCUCUGUCUGGGAAGUCAAAGUCCACAUCUGAUGAGAUUAAUGUGGGAACUGGUAUUGCUUCCCCAGUUGGAAUAGGAGGCAAUGCACCUGCUAACUGGGAAAAAGUUCUUGAAGGAAUCCGUAAAAUGAGGUCUGCAGAAGAUGCACCUGUAGACACUAUGGGAUGUGAGAAAGCUGGCAGUGUUCUUCCUCCUAAGGAAAGAAGGUUUGCUGUCCUGAUAUCUUCACUACUAUCCAGCCAAACGAAAGAUCAUGUUACUCAUGGUGCAAUUCAACGUCUCAUUCAGAAUUGUCUUAUGACUCCCGAUGCCAUUGAUAAAGCUGAUGAAGCAACUAUUAAGGACUUGAUCUACCCGGUUGGGUUUUAUACAAGGAAAGCUAUUAAUGUGAAGAAAAUUGCAAAAAUCUGUCUCAUGAAGUAUGAUGGGGACAUACCAAGCUCAUUGGAGGAAUUACUCUUACUUCCAGGGAUAGGCCCUAAGAUGGCUCAUUUGGUUAUGAAUAUUGCAUGGGAUGAUGUUCAAGGGAUAUGUGUAGAUACUCAUGUGCACCGCAUUUGCAAUCGGCUUGGAUGGGUGUCUCGGCCAGGCACAAAACAGAAAACUUUAUAUCCGGAGGAAACAAGAGUGGCAUUGCAACAGUGGCUUCCAAAGGAGGAAUGGGUCCCAAUUAACCCUCUUUUGGUGGGAUUUGGCCAGACAAUUUGUACUCCACUCAGGCCACAGUGUGAAGUCUGCAGCAUUACUGAGUUUUGCCCGUCUGCAUUCAAGGAAACUUCAAGCCCGUCCUCCAAAGUAAAAAAGUCUGGUGUUACAAAAAAGCUUUCAUCAAGUUAGUUCUUGCAAAGGGAUUUUAGUGUCAUUUUCUUCUCUCUUCCAAAAUUUGCCCUUCUGUUUACGAAGCAACCCAGGAGGGGGGAAAAGCAUCAGUCAAGGUUGUUCUAUCUUGUGCUGUGGAUAGGAUGUUUUUGCAAGUAUUGCUAGGAGUGGACCUUCCUUUGUAUAUUUUUGUGAAAGGGCUUAGAAGCAAUAUGAAUUUGGGGCAAUACCAGUGUAUAGUUCUUACAACAAACCUAUAUAAACACUAAUUCGGAAAUUCAUUGAUACCCUCAAGGGUGGGAAAUCAGCGGCCGGGUAAAUUGGACUGUAAUUUACAGCAACCCCCUUAUUCUAAUAUCUAUUAGAUGUAUGGAUAUCCUAUUUGACGAUUAGAGAUGUUGAUGUUUUGUUUUC